AUGGCCCAUUUCUCUUCUGGGCAUAAGAAGCCGACCGAUAUGGAGAGCGCAAGGGAUAAUCUCAUAAAACAAUAUGAUGGCAAACCUCACCGAUCAUCUGGAAUGCGGUUCCAGCGGCCUUCUGCUGCCAACUUGAAAACGAUUGAGAAUCGCAUGCUGGAAUUGGAGGAUGCUCGCGGGUACGGCAAGAAAAAGUAUCUGAAUCCUGAUGGAGAUGACGAUCACGAAAAAUAUAUGGACCUAGAUACAUACUACAGCACAACCAAAGGGUAUCCACGUCGACUUGUUGUGCAGGCGAUUCCAGAAAUCUAUCAUGAUAGGUCUGAUCCUCGCCAUCGUCCCUGGGGGCGACGCCGCCUUCGUGGGAGAGUCCCAUUCGUCAUCACCUUGGCCGAACUAUGCCUAAACCCAUUUGGUUUCCAUCGCUUUGAUAGUGUUCGAGACGACGAACAUGAAGGGGAUGACAUAGCUCAAAAGCAAGGAAACUUGGUGCUGAGAAUCAUCCAACAAAUCCUGCACUGGACCACAUCGAUUCUGCUUACCUUGACACUAUCUUGGAUUAUUCCCUUUGUUCUCUCUUUCGAAAUUUGUACUGCCCCGUGGGAUGAGGACAGCUCAACUGAACGCUACGACAAGUACCAGAAUGUUUACUGGCACUGGCCGAAACACGCAAUCAAUGUGCUGGACCAGUCCCCCGAUAAUGAUAGACAACAGUCAAAUAUUGCCGGUCUUACUAUUCCUCGCCGCUUGGUGGUGAAAGACCAAACUACCAAUCAGUGGACACCGAGGAAGACCAAGGACAUUCGCGAUAAAAAGACGCACAUGCUGCAACCCUACAUUUUCCUGAGUUUUUCGCGGGCCAAUUAUAUUCACAAAUCAGAUGAAGAAUUACGAGAGAUGUUCUAUAAAGUGGCCGAACGCAUGCUCCAGCACGAGAACCUUCAUAGAGACCCGCAGGACCCUCCGCUAGAAGCAUUCUGGGUGGACCUCGACUGUGUCUCGAGAGAUGAGAGUAUACCGGCUGGGCAUGUCCAAUCGAAACGCACUCGAGAUGUCCACACGAUCAGCGAUGCAGUACGCUGUGCGAAGCGUGUAUACAUAGUCCUCCCUACUGAAAGUGGACGUGACAAAAAGAUAUGGGGAGAACGGAUAUGGACAUUUCCGGAAGUACUCCUCGCUGCGAACAAACUCCGAUACUGCUUCACCCAUUCUUCUUCUGUGGCUUCGUUCACAUCGCAUGAAUUCACGUUGAAUGACAUGUACGAUAGCUUCUGGUCUGAGCCGGAGCUCUCCAGCUCCGGUUUGGAUGGUGACCGACAAUUGAAACACGAAAAUCCCAUAGGCCACCUCAUCAAGCAUUAUACCAACAGUGUUCAGCUAAGUGAACUGCAAUUGUUCGCUUUUGCUGUUCAAGCGAUGGCGAAACAAACAACUGGCAUCAACAUCAGGGGUUACACGACUAAAGAUAUGGCCUACGCUGCGAUGGGGCUUUUUUCAUAUCGACUUACCCCCAAUGAUUCCGAUAAUGUCUUCCAGGCUAUUGCACGACUAUCCCUCGUGAACGAUAGCAAUCAACUGCUUGAGCGUCUCCUCUGUCUGUCACCGAACCCAAAAAAUUCCCCAGUGGAGACACUGCCUGGAUCGGGUCCAGUUGGCAGUGAGACGAUUCUUCACAACAUCGCGGAACAAGAUCAAUAUGGCUCUCAUCUCUGGGAUAUCAAACCACUCUGUGAUGUGGUUGGUGUUGGCGACGAUUUAUACGAGCCCACGGUCAUCGUAGAUCGCUGCCGGGGCAUCCCCAUCCGAUGGAAGGACUUCCCGAGAGUGAAAUAUACCAAAGACCUCAGUGGAUUUAGUGGUACCGUCUCAAAGGCAAUAGUGUACCGUGGCAAAGUGUUUAUAGCGAGUGGCUUUGCUCUAUUCUCGUCCGCUAUCGCGCUUUCGCUUUCACUUAUUGAUUUCAGAGGGAACGAAACUCAAUCGACAAGUGACGUUUUAUACGUUGUCAAGACCAGAAUUAUUCCUCAGUACCUGAUAGCUAUUGCUCUGUACUUCGCAGUCGCAUUUAUCAUCUCCUGGUUCAGUCCUUGGGCGGUACGAAAGCUCUGUAGCGAUAGCGUCGAGGGAUGCUCCAGCCAUCUUGUUGGAUUCGAAGGCACAAUGCCAUUGCAUGACCUUGAGAAAAUCAUCUACGGUAAUUUCAAUGAUCGCCUAUCAUAUACGGCCUCAUCCACUGUCUUCUCCAAGGGACUCCGCGACCAUAAUCUUCGACUGAGCAAUGAUCCUCAUGAUCAGAACCAUUGGGAGAAUGAGUUUAAACGACUGGGUCUUCCCAGCACGCACCGUAUCUUCACUCUCGUGGACACGGGCAAUAUGACUGUGUCUGUGAUUUCUGCGGAGCGACCACCCGUCGUGGCCUUGAUGUGCGGACGGGAAGGCGGCAUGCUCCGGGUAUUGCUGUGCAGCUGGCGCUUUGAAAAGAACUGUCUGUAUCGUGAGGGUGUUAUUCGCAUGCGCAGCUCGAUUGAAGAUCAGGCUACACAAAAUGACUGGUUGAAGAUCAGCUUGGCGAGCCAGGGCGAUGUCAACCGUACUCGGGUGAGCCACCUCGAGGCAGAAGCCAAAAAGAAGCAGUCUCAAUCUCCUACUUAUAACCCUUUCCCCCCCCAUCCGCCGAAAGAGUGA